AAGCAUAGUCGGGUUUAAACCUUACGGGGGUUUGUACUCAGAUGGAUGGCUCGCGUGGGCGGCUCGCAAAACGAUCUUAUAAUCAUACGGUUGCACUCGCGGUUCAUCAGUGACAAGUUAACAGUUUUGCGAAAUGUGUAUUUUUUUGUGAAUAAAAUGACUUCGUUCCUAGUCUUGGUUUUGUUUCAUGUGCUCGCUGUCUACGGGGAUAACUUGGCUCUCCUGUCUGGGACAUUGCGGACGUUCCAAAAGGCUGCCUGUGACGAAGAAACCAUGACCCUCAAGUGUCCAUCUGGCACGAGCAUAUCGAUACAGUUGGCCCAGUAUGGAAAAUCAGCGCCGUCCAGAUCUUUGUGCAUUUCGAAGACUGCGAAUGCCAGGAGCUCCUUCAAUCUGAAUUUGUCGUGCUUGUGGCCUAACGCUCUACAGUAUUCACUUUUGCAGACCGUUGUCGAAGCAUGUCAGAAGAAGAGGCAGUGCAAAUUCCGUACAUCACCAAACACUUUUGGAGGAGAUCCCUGUCCAGGAGUACCAAAAUAUGUUGAAGUAGCUUAUAAAUGUAGACCAUAUGAAUUCCGAAGUGCAAACGCCUGCGAGAAUGAACGUCUUCAAUUAAAAUGCAAUCCAAACUCCAGGAUAGCUAUCUUCAGCGCAAGCUACGGAAGAACGGAAUAUGAAAGUAUCCAGUGUCCUCAGCCACAAGGAGUACCAGAAGAAACAUGUCUUGUGAGCUAUGCAACAGAAACAGUGAUGAACAUGUGCCAUGGCAAAAGGAAUUGCGAGAUAUCUGCAGAUGUUAGAACAUUCGGCAGUCCUUGCAGGCCAGAGUCGAGGAUGUAUUUGAAAGUUGUCCACACUUGUGUUCCUCGUAAAGUACUGAAGGACCAAUACGACAUGGGACUGGAGCCAGACGAGGUGGAGGAGACCCAGGAAUUUUCUGACGAAAACGAGAAGGACGACUUCGAUACUUACGACGUCGAUACUGCGUUUAUUGGGGAAUCUGCAGCAUCUCCCUCAGCCCCCAACUCCGAAGAAGCGAAAGGAAAUCAGCUUGUCAAAGAUGAGCCCACAGUGAACGCUAAAAGUCCGAGCCAGAAGUCGAGAGAGCUGGAUUUAGAGCAUCAGGAACUCUACAUUUUGUACCUGAUAAUCAGCGUUGCAGCUGGGGUGGUAAUCUGCCUGACCAUCUUGGUCGGUAGACUGCUCGUACAGCGUAAAAGGGCGAGGAAUGAUUCGAAAUCUCAAACCACCAACAUUUCGGACAACACCCUCCCAAAUGGUUUCACCGACGACAUCAGCGAAGUGGAUGCAGACAUCGAUUUAACAACUCCACACCCAGUACCAACAGCUCCUUUGCACCCAGUGCCAAUAGAAGUGUUCACAGAGGUGGUGCACUACCCCCAUGUACAUUCCCACCACACUUUCCUGAGAAAUGAAGGAGUCGACCCCCCAAGAAGUAUCAGCGGAUCAGCAAACCCCCACUUUUACUAUGGAUGACAAGAGGCCUAUCCUCCAAGUGGAGGAUUGCAAAAUUUCCAUCAACACCAAAUAACUGUGUCGACCCCUAUGUGAAUGUGUUGAAUUAGUGUAUUAAAUGUCUAUUUAUCUGGAGAGGAGAAACUGGAUUCAAGCGAUGUCUGUGGUUAUAAAAGGUUUAAAAUUGAAUUUUAGCUAUUGUUACAAAAAUUUCAACUGAAAAAGAAAUACAGAAACAUUCAGUGAGUGGCUCUUGUGUUAGAACGAAAAGUGAAAUGUGCUGGACUCGACUUCGAGGCAAAAUAUAAAAAGGAAAAUUAUGAGACGUUAUGAAAAAAUGUGUAAAUUAUAGAACUUUAUUAUUGAUUCAUUAAAUAGCGGUUCUGUAUAUCUUGAUGAAGUAAUCUGUAUUAUGAAUUUUCGUUAAACAUAUCAAUGGAAAUGAAUGAAUGAUGGAUACGAUAUAUCAAUUUGUUGAAAUCAAUGGAACCUUCUUCUCUGAACUAAACUAUAAAAGAAUCUCCAUCAAAUUAAUCAUUCUAUACCAUUGUGCACAACCCAUAAAAACAUUAUUGUACAUUAAAAAAAUUCAUUUUCUAUAUUAUGAGUUGAAAUUUAUUCCUAUCUUCAUACUGACUGAUUUUAUAAUUAUAUUAUUCUUUCAAAGAUAUUUGUACAAUUUUCAAUAUAUAAUUUAUUACCUAUUUUGAA